GGUUGAAUUUGAAGAUGCCGUUCUUUGGGAACAUUGUUGUAAUUAAACGGAAUGGGACUGAUGGGAUUAGUUUUCCACUCACUGCAAGUUCUUGUUUAUUUGGAAGGAGAACAGAAUGUGAUAUUCGCAUCCAAUUGCCUCAGGUCUCGAAAGAACAUUGUAAAAUUGAAGUAAAUGAAAACAAGGAGGCAAUAUUGACUAACUUAAGUACAGUAAAUCCUACGCAGCUGAAUGGUGGUUGUUUUCAGCAACCUGUGCCUCUGAAGCAUGGAGAUGUGUUAACUAUUAUUGAUCGUUCUUUCAGAUUUGAAUAUCCUCUCCAAUCAACUCCAAGAAAGAGGCGUUCUAGAUCUCCAAAAGAUGAAACACUGCAGGUAAUUUUGUGGCAUAGGGUUAUUUAUUACAAGUACAUUGGUAAACAAACUUCAGGAUCUAAAAGUCUUCAUGCUUCAGAUAAUGCUGAGUACGAAGAAAAAAAUGCCAGUGAAAAUAAACAAAGUACAGAGGAAAACAUUUCCAAAGCUUUACCCAUCAAACUACAAACACCCAAAUCUUCACACAGAAUACAUCAAUCUAGUAAAAAGCAAAAUGAAAUGUCUCCCUUCAGUAAACUCUAUGAAAAACUGAAACAGGAGAUUAAAGCGAAAAAAACUCUGCAAGAGGGAAAUGUAUCUCAACAAGCUGCAAAAGAAGGCGGUAAGAGGGUUCUGCUAGAACCAAGUGCUCAAAUUUCAUCAUCAAGUUGUGUUUAUGAUCUAGGAAGCCUGACUAAAGAAAAAGAAAUGGCCAGAAGUGAAAAUACUGAAGAAUUUAAAAUAAAUCAAGAAGUAAUCGGUUCAGAAUUUAACCAGAUCUCAGCUGUAGGAAGUGCUGCCAAGACCGGUUUUACCAGAAGUCCUCAAACUUCUGUUUCAAAGGAGGUGUCAAGAGAUACUGGUAAAAGUCACUCGCAGGAUCAUAAGGAACUAAGUACAGCCGUCAAAUCUAAAGCUACUGAAGUUACAACCAAACCCAGUAAGGCGAAUGAUGGAAACGCAGCAUUUUCAAUGAAGCCGUGCUCUAUAGAAUGCUUGGAUUAUGCAGAUAAAAUGAAAAUGUACAGCUCUCCAGUAGCAGUAGAUAAACCAGCACAAACAACUAACACGACAAAUGUUUCUGAACUAGGUAAAUGUGUUCUGUCUACAGCAUCGCCCAGAAGGAAGAGUCCUCGGACUCGUUUCAUAUCGCCUAACAAAGAAACUAGUGGAAUGAAUCCUGUAAAUACUGAUACUCCAACAACUCGACGCCGCGUGUCAUUGAAAUGUAAGUCUUUUUCAGAAGAUUCAGCUGAAACUCAAAGGGAAGAUUCAGUGUGCAGAAAUGAUAGCCCCAAACAACUGCCUUUGGCGGAAAAUAAAUGUUUAAAACAAAGACGAAAUAGUAAACAGCAUACACCAGGGAAACCUGUAAAAGAAGAAGUGCUGAAAGAAAUUUGUGAUCAGGCACACACUGUUAACUCAGAAGAGGGACUUUCUGAAACUCCAGCCUCUUUUUCGAAUUCCAGGAGUCCCAGAAGAAAUAACAGGCGAAGUAAAGAAGUAUCAGACAAAAGUGUCCUUUCGGAGGCACUGGCUUCAGAAGAGUUGACAACAGAACUGGCAUCUCCUGCGGGUCAGAAGUCUGACUCUGGAAGAAAAAGAGGUAGGCCAAGGACCUCUGGACAGCUAACUGAAAAAGCACUGGAGACAAAUGCUGUUGAAGAACAUCACGAUAGGACUACAGACAGAAAAGAGAGCGGGACUAAAGAAGAGCUGGCCACGAAAGUCCAGAAACAAGAUUUGGAAGAUGCCGGUGUUAUAAGACCUCGUAGAUUGUCAUCAAAGAGAAGGUCUUCAGAAAGUCCUACUGUACUGAAAGACGAUGAGGCUGGCUCAGAAACGGCUAUUUCUGGCCUGUUGGCUGGAGAAGAAUCAGGCAAGACAAAAAGGAUAUCUCAGAAGAGGAAAAGUGGCGAUUUGUUACUUCAGCCUUUAGGAAAAAGAAAGAGAGUGUCUUUUGGUGGUCAUCUAAGUCCAGAGCUUUUUGAUAAAAGUUUGCCUCCCAACUCACCCCUUAAAAGAGGGGCGAUUCCUGCGAGACUGAGCUUACCGUUUGGAAACUCUCCACGUGCCGUUCUGAAAAAGGCUCAGGGAUUGAAGCACUUUGCUGUCCAGGAACUUCCUGAACAUUUGCAGAAAGGAAAAACAUCACCAAAAAAUUUGCCAACCCCAAAGUCCACAGCUGCCUCAUCCCCUGUCUCUGGGAAGGCAACACCUACAAUUACUUUAGGCUCUCCAGCACCAUACACAAAAGGACGUUUCUCUGUUUCUCACGUCAUGACAGAAUUACCAAUUGCAGAAGAGAAGGAUGCUGUUGCAGAAGAUGUGGAUACAGAGGAGAAAAAUGAUGCCCAAGUGAAAACACCUAAAUCUUCUCACAGUAACCAAGAUGAUAAAACCUUUUUAAGGGCUACACCUGACAAAUUAACAAGAAGUGCACAGCCUGCUUCAAAGGUCACUCCCAUGAAGAGGAGAAGUGGGGCUGUAGCAGUUAUCAAUGCAAAAAGGAGGAGUGGUGCCUCUAGUGCCAAUUUACUAGUUGCAAAAUCUUGGGCAGAAGUGGUAAAAUUAGGUGUUGCAAGACCACAGUCAAAGACUGUUAAAAAAAGUGUCCGAAAAGGAAGAUCCCUAAAGAAGAUAACCCAAUCAGCAAAGACUCCAGAAAGAAAAAUAAAAGGUCAUUUUAGUACAGGUCAUGCAGAGUCACCUGCUACAAUAGUUGUAGGUAGAGCUUAUUCCACCACAGUCAGGACAGCUGGACAGGUCCCUAAAGUGGUAAAAAAUCCUAUCUUGAAGCUAAACAUGAACAUGGAUGAAAGCUUCACAGGAAUGACUGAAAUGUUUCAAACUCCAGAAGAUAAGAGUGGAAAAACAUUACCCUUGGCCACUGUUCAGAAGACUGAUUUUACACCAACGUGUACUGCAGCGGAAAUUUCUGAAUUGCACACUCCUGAAGAAUCUGGAGAGAUGAUGGUGUCACCGUUAAAUAGUUCAGAUGCUUCAGAACAGAAACAAGAUAGUCCAGGAAUUUGUCACUUUCUGAGAGAGAAGGGGUCUCUAAAGUCUAUGUUUGAUGCAAUAGCCACAAGAACUCCUGAAAAAAGAAAAACUACGCUGGAAGAAAAUAUUAAUGUGGAUAGCUUGUCAAUAAUUUCAGAAAAACAAGCAUCUCUGGUGAAAUUGGGAAGUAAAAGGAGGACUCCAAAGCAGAAGUUGGAGCCUGUAGAGGCCUUGUCGGGCAUCAAACAGCUCAUGAAGACUCCGAAGCAGAAGUUGGAACCUGUAGAGGCUUUGUCAGGCAUCAAGCAGCUUUUAAGGACCCCGAAGCAAAAGGCAGAGCCUGUAGAGGCCUUGUCGGGCAUCAAGCAGCUCAUGAAGACCCCGAAGCAGAAGUCAGAGCCUGUAGAGGCCUUGUCAGGCAUCAAGCAGCUCAUGAAGACCCCGAAGCAGAAGUCGGAGCCUGUAGAGGCCUUGUCGGGCAUUAAGCAGCUUUUAAGGACACCAGAGCAAAAGUUGGAGCCAGUCGAGGUCUUAUCGGGCAUCAAGCGGCUCAUGAGAACCCCACGGCAGAAGCCAGAGCCAGUUGAGGUCCUGUCAGGCAUCAAGCAGCUCUUGAGGACCCCACAGCAAGACUUGGAACCUAUUACAGAUGAAACUGCCUUUAAAAGGUUGCUGAAGACUCCAGUACAAAAAAGGGAAGCAGUAAAAGAUGUGGCACGUGUUACUUUAAUCAAGAAAACUCCAAAGCUGAAAUAUCAACCAGUAGAAGACAUGAUUGGGGUCAGCCGUAUUUUCAAGACACCAAAGGAAAAAGUUGAACCCAUAGAAGAUAUGUUUGGUAUUAGUAGACUAGUGAAGACUCCGAGAGAGAAGUAUCAACCAGUUGAUGAUUUUGUGGGUCUGCAAAGGCUUAUGGCAGAACCCAGGCAGAAAUGUUCUGAUUCUGAAGUGGACUAUGUUGGAGUUACAGAAAUAUUUGGCAGCCCAGAGGAAAUUAAGGUCAGAUCAGUAAAUGUUACGGAUUCUAAGCAAGAAGAUACUGCACCUCUGUGUACUAAUUCCAGUCAUAAAUAUGAAGACAAAGGAAAUACUUCACAAGGUGAAGAUUCUCAACAGAAGGAAUCAAGUAGUGAAGACCAGUCUACCCAGAGACCAACAAGGGGCAGAUCACGGAAGACAGUAAAUUCUGCUUCAGCAAAGCAGUAUGAAAAGGAUUUGAAUUUAAAAGAAUUACAAGGCCUGGAAAAAACGAGCACUCAAGAGGAGACGGGAGAGAUCAGUACUUCAACUUCAGUAGCUAAAAACGAAGGAAGAGGAAGGAGAGCAAACCACUGCAUACAAGAAGAAAAUGUUUCAGAGCACCCUGAUCAGGAAAAAGCUGAAACUGCUUCAUUUGUGGAACCACAUGGGGCUACUCAAAGAUCAGGAAGAGGUAGAAGGAAAGAACCAAAGGAGUUAAAACAUUCAAGUGAGAAUCUUGAGUCUUGUGGCAAAGAUCCUUCAGUGCCACAAAAAGAACCUGCAAAUAUGAAAGAAACUUCGCAGGAGUAUGGCAUCAGUGAUGUACUAGAAACUGAAGAUGGUCCAACUGUAAAGACAGUAGGUGUAUCUAGUAGCAUUCAAAAUGGAAACUGUCAACUGCAAACAGGCUUAAAGAAAAAUGAAAACAAAUCCAAUGGAGGUGGUGUGGAAGACAGUGAAGAAAUGCUUCUGUCGUCUGGGAAGAGGUCUAGAGGAGUAAAAAACGUAGAAACCACAGAAUCACUGAUUCCACCUAAAAGAGGAAGAAGAGCUAGAAAUGACCAAGUUAAACAAGUUUGUUCAGAUAACCUUCAUGGGGCAGCAAGGAGGCUUCGCAAAGACCCAUCAGCAAAGAUGAUACAAAGAGAUGAACAGACUUUUGACAAAGAUACUGAGACUGCCCCAGCAGAAGAAUCUGAAAGCGGAACUAAACUUGAGAUAAUAGAGAAAAGAGUUAGGUCUUUAAGAAGUGCUAGAAAGCACUCAACUGAAGUAAAAGCAGACAUUUGUGGAAUGGCACUUGAAAAUAUAGAAAACAUUCAGAAAACUGAGGAAACUUCAGCUGGAACUGAUACUGAAACACAAUCACACAUCAAAAAUGAGAUUAAAGUAUCUCAGGGAGUCAAAACAGAAAAUGCUCAGGAAAAUACAACAGAGGCAUCUCAAAGAUUAAAGGCAGAGUCAUCUUCUGGAGAGACAAACAAAAUGCCAGUUACUGCUCUGAACUUGGAAGCAAACAGAAGUGCAGUACAAGAAACAAAUAGAACUAGAAACAGGAGAGGCAAAAAUGACUCUUUGGAGAAAAAGACUGAUGAAUUUGCCGAAGAACUAAUUAGUCCCAGAUUUAAGUCAGAAACAGAAAUGGACGAAUCCUCUCUCAAAGGUUCUUUGAGCUCUGUUUGUGUCAAGAACACAUACCAAGUCACAAAGGACCAGAGCAACCCAGCUGGCACAUCAAUACCUGCUGCAAACAGUGACAGUCUUGCUCUUAGCCGUCAAAAGCGGACAAGAAUUGAACAGGGAAUACUUAAACCAAAGCAAACUGAAAUCCUGCAAGAGAAUCAAGCACAAAACAAUGGAACCGCGUGUAGAAGAGGCAGAGGUAGAAAAGUUAAUUUUGAACUUGAAGCAGCCAGUUCCAAAGGGGUUGAAGGAAAAAGGAGUUUACCUGGGGAUGAGAAAGGAAUGACUUACAACGAUGGUCAACGUGAGACUUCAGAAAAUCCUUCUUCACAAGUAAGGAGGAGCAGAAGAAAGCAAGUUGAUCCCAUGCCACAAAUGCCUUGUUCUACCUUUGUGGAAAAACAAACAUUAAUUGCAGAUCAUAGUAAAGAUGAGGCAUUUGUAAAGGGGCAAGAUUCAGCUUUGGAAGCUACUCCCUCUUCAGCAGAAGACAAUCUGCUGAGACGAGGGAGAAGACGAGAGGUUGCUGCAGCAGCACAAACAUCUAGAUCUCCUUCCGUCAGAAAAAGACGUGGGUUGCUAGAAGGUGAUGAUAAAAAGAUGACUGUGAGAGAUCAAAAUCCAGCUUUGGGAGAUAAAAAUUUGCAGGCAAAAGCAAAUGCAUCAGCAAGGGACAAAAGGAGAAAGAUUGAUGUAGCAGCAGAGGCAAAAAGUUCAUCUUCACUCCAGAGAAAAUGUGGCUUGUCAGAAACUGAUGAUAAAGAGGAGAGUGCUAAUGAAGAACAAAAUAUGCCUUUGGAACCGGUGUCCUGUGCAAAAGAGAAGCCUUUAGGAAGGGGCAGAAGGAAAGAAACUGCUCUGGCAUCACACACGACUAAUUACUUUCCUCUUAGAGGAAAACACGGUUUGCCAGCAGGUAAUGGUAGAGAAGAAGCUCCUAAAGAAGAUCAAAAUGUUCCAUUAGAAACUUUUGAUUCAUCUGUAAAAGAAAAUCAACCAAGAAAAGGCAGAAGGAAAGAAAUUUCCCUCUUGUUAGAAGCCACAAGUUCUACUUCUAUUCGGGGAAAACGGGGCUUAUCAAAAGAAAGUGGUAGAAGGAAUAAUUCUGGGGAAGCAGAAAAGCUGAUUUUGGAAAAUUCUACAUCCCAAGAAAAAAUGGAUCUUUCAAAAGGCAACUCAAGGCAAACAAACCCUUCACUGGCUGUUGGUUCCACCUCGCUUCAAGGCUUGCCAGAAGAUGGUAAGAAUGAAGCUCCUGAAGAACAACAGAGUAUGCUUUUGGAAGUAGCUCCAUCUGCAAAAGAAAAUCCGUCAAGAGUGGGCAGAAAGAGAGCCAUUUCUUCCAAAUCCGAAGAAACUAGUUCCGCUUUAAUCGAGGACAAACCUGGCUUGCCCAAAGAUAGAGGUCAAAAGAAGAAUCUUAAAGGAGGUGAAGAUGCAUCUCUAGAAAAUAAUUCAUCCCAGGAAAAAACAAGGCAAUUGAGGAAUAAAAGGAAAAAGGUAGAAUUCACAUCAGAGGCAGCUACUUCUAUCUGUAAAAACGGUGACUUGCCAGAAAACGGUAGCACUUCAGAAACUCAAAAUGUGUGUUUGACAUCCACUGGUUCCAAAAAAAAUAAUUGCUCUGGAAAAGGAAAAGAGGUUAACCCUACACAACCGGCAAUUUCCACUUCUCGCAGAAGAAAAUGUCCGUUGCCAGCAGAUGACGUAGCAUCCAAAAAAUUAAAGUCAGAGAACGAUGAAAAUAGAUCGCCACAAAAAGGAAAAAGAAACAAAACUAAAGAAGAACUUGGCAAAGAGGAUGAUGUAAGGGCUACUCGGACUGCUGGAGGGACGGACAGGAAGACAAGAUCAAGCACAAGAACAAGUGCAAGAACAAGAAAAUAGUCUUAACAGUCACAGAACCAGUUUUUAAAUCAAUUCAGUAAUUGAAAAUUCAGGUUUUUUUAAUGUGAAUUGAUUUGCACUCAGAUUUUUUUAAGUUCAGAUUUUGUAAAGCAAUCACAGAAUUAUAUUAUCAAAAUGUUUCUUAACUGUUUACAGAUACUGCGUAGAGAUCUGUUUUAAUAGAUUUUUAUCUAUAUGUAGUGGUUCCUAAACCAUGGGGUGCUUGUGCAAAACAGCAAACGGAAAAACGAAUCAUUUUGUAACAGUAUUUAUCCCCCUUUUUCUGUUGAUCAGUACAGCAGUCGAGAAGCCAUGUUGCUUUACUGCCAGUUAUAAUUAUAAGCUAUUUUCUGCUUCAAUUUUUGAUGUGCUUAAGUCUUAUUUUUCA